UUUGUUUCUUCACAAUCCAAACUGCAUCAUGUCUUUUUUUACUUUCGGUUUCUCUGAGUCUCUGCAGCUCCAUGACUCCAUCUGCUGGACUGAUAGUAGAAGUGCAGCAGCUGAUCUUCUCCAGGAGGAUUUGAGUGGAUGAAUGAUGUUUGUUUCCUGUGCAGGUGAAGGUAGAAAGUGUGUGUGAGCUGCUGUGAGUUGAGCAUCAUGGAUGAGUGUGAGGACAGAGAGGAGGGAGUCCCUCCCUCUCAAAGCUCUCUGUGUGGGGAACAGGAGAACCAGAGCAAAGCUCAGAGGAAUCCACCUGGACAUGGACCUGCAUCCAGCUGUGUGUCCUUCAAGAGUGACCAGUCUAAGGGUCAUCCUAUUGACUUUAAAGGAGAACCAGGUCCUGAAGUAAGAGGAAAGAAGAAACGAAGAAAAAAGAAAAUCCAUCAGAGACCAGAGUCCUCUGGACCUGGACCUGGACCUGGACCUGGAUCCAGCUGUGUCUCCUUCCAGAGUGACCAGUCUAAGGGUCAUUCUAUUGACUUUAAAGGAGAACCAGGUCCUGAAGUAAGAGGAAAGAAGAAACGAAGAAAAAAGAAAAUCCAUCAGAAACCAGAGUCCUCUGGACCUGGACCUGCAUCCAGCUGUGUCUCCUUCCAGAGUGACCAGUCUAAGGAGCUUCCUCUCUAUUUUAAAGGAGAACCAGGUCCUGCUGCAGAGAGAGUGGAGCAGCAGAACUCCGAGGUUCCCAGAGCUCAGUCUAUCCAGCAGCAUCACCUGGACUCCGUAUUCAUGCUGCUGGAGGACAACAUGGUGACUUUUGUGAAGAAGGAGCUGAAGAAGAUGCAGAAGCUUGUGAGUCCAGAUUACCCAGAAUGCUCCUCAGAGAGUCAGAGGGAGGAUGAGGAGGAGUUGGAGGGUGAUGAUGAAGAUGAGAGGAGCAGCAGAGAGAUGUUUCAGCAGAUCACAGUGUUGUUCCUGAGGAGGAUGAAGCAGGAGAAGCUGGCUGACUGUCUGCAGAGCAAACUUCCUGCAGUUUGCGGACGUGAACUUAAAUCUUCUCUGAAGAAGAAGUUCCAGAGAGUGUUUGAGGGCAUCGCUAAAGCAGGACAGAAGACCCUCCUGAACGAGAUCUACACAGAGCUGUACAUCACAGAGGGAGGGACUGCAGAGGUCAAUGAUGAACAUGAGGUCAGACAGAUUGAAGCAUCAUCCAGGAAAGCAGACAGAGCAGAAACAAUCAUCAGAGCAGAAGACAUCUUUCAAGACUCAUCUGGAACAUACAAACCAAUCAGAACAGUGAUGACACAGGGAGUGGCGGGCAUCGGGAAAACAGUGUUAACACAGAAGUUGACUCUGGACUGGGCUGAAGACAAAAGCAACCAGGACAUCCACUUCAUGUUUCCAUUGACUUUCAGAGAGCUGAAUGUGGUGAAAGAGAGAAAAUUCAGCUUGGUGGAACUUGUUCAUCACUUCUUCAGUGAAACCAAAGCAGCAGGAAUCUGCAGCUUUGAAGACUUCGAUGUUGUGUUGAUCUUUGACGGUCUGGAUGAGUGUCGCCUUCCUCUGGACUUCCACAACAAUGAGGUCCUGACUGAUGUUAGAGAGUCCACCUCAGUGGAUGUGCUGCUGACAAACCUGAUCAGGGGGAAUCUGCUUCCCUCUGCUCGCCUCUGGAUAACCACACGACCUGCAGCAGCCAGUCAGAUCCCUCCUGACUGUGUGGACAUGGUGACGGAGGUAAGGGGGUUCACCGACCCACAGAAGGAGUACUACUUCAGGAAAAGAUUCAGAGAUAGGAAGAAGGCCAGCAGCAUAAUCUCUCACAUGAAGAAGUCACGAAGCCUCCACAUCAUGUGCCACAUCCCAGUGUUCUGCUGGAUCACUGCAACAGUUCUGGAGGAACUGCUGAGAAGCAGAGAGGGAGGAGAUCUGCCCAGAACCCUGACUGAGAUGUUCAUCCACCACCUGGUGGUUCAGACCAAAGUCAAGAAGGUCAAGUAUGAUGGAGGAGCUGAGACGGAUCCACACUGGAGUCUAGACAGCAGGAGGAUGAUUGAGUCUCUGGGAAAACUGGCUUUUAAUCAGCUGCAGAAAGGAAACCUGAUCUUCUAUGAGUCUGACCUGACAGAGUGUGGCAUUGAUGUGGACGCAGCCUCAGUGUACUCAGGAGUGUUGACACAGAUCUUUAAAGAGGAGAGAGGGCUGUACCAGGACAUGGUGUUCUGCUUCGUCCAUCUGAGCGUUCAGGAGUUUCUGGCUGCUCUUCAUGUCCAUCAGACCUUCAUCAAAUCUGGAAUCAACCUGCUGGAAGAAGAACAAACAACCUCCAACAAACCUGAUCCAACAGUUUUCUACCAGACAGCUGUGGACGAGGCCUUACAGAGUCCAAACGGACACCUGGACUUGUUCCUGCGCUUCCUCCUGGGUCUUUCACUGUUGAACAAUCAGAAUCUCUUACGAGGCCUGCUGACACAGACAAGAGGUAGCUCACAGACCAAUCAGAAAACAGUGGAGUACAUCAAGAAGAAGAUCAGUGAGGAUGUGUCUGUAGAGAGAAGCAUCAAUCUGUUCCACUGUCUGAAUGAACUGAAGGAUGUUUCUCUAGUGGAGGAGAUCCAACAGUCCCUGAGAUCAGGAUGUCUGUCAACAGAUGAACUGUCUCCUGCUCAGUGGUCAGCUCUGGGAUUCAUCUUACUGUCAUUGGAAGAACAUCUGGACGUGUUUGACCUGAAGAAAUACUCUGCUUCAGAGGAGGCUCUUCUGAGGCUGCUGCCAGUGGUCAAAGCCUCCAAGAAAGUUUUACUGAGUGGCUGUGAUCUGUCAGAGAGAAGCUGUGGAGCUCUGUCCUCAGUCCUCAGCUCCCAGUCCUCCAGUGUGACAGAGCUGGACCUGACUAACAACAACCUGCAGGAUUCAGGAGUGGAGAGUCUUUCUGCUGGACUGGAGAGUCCACACUGUAAACUGGAAGCUCUCAGGCUGUCAGGCUGUCUGGUCACAGAGGAAGGCUGUGCUUCUCUGGCCUCAGCUCUGAGCUUGAAGACCUCAAAUCUGAGAGAGCUGGACCUGAGCUACAACCAUCCAGGAGACUCAGGAGAGAAGAUGCUGAGGGCGAAAGUGGAGGAUCCACACUGUAGACUGGAAACUCUCAGGGUGACGCCUGCUGGAGUCCCAUGGUUGACACCAGGUCUGAGGAAGUAUUCCUGUCAACUCACAGUCGACACAAACACAGUAAGCAGAAACCUCAAACUGUCUGACAACAACAGGAAGGUGACACAUGUGGAGGAGGAUCAGUCGUAUCCUGAUCAUCCAGACAGGUUUGACUACAGGCUUCAGCUGCUGUGUACAACAAGUCUGACUGGUCGCUGUUACUGGGAGGUUGAGUGGAGAGGAGAUGUUGAAAUAUCAGUGAGUUACAGAGCAAUCAGAAGGAAAGGAUUCAGUGAUGACUGUAGGUUUGGACGUAAUGAUCAGUCCUGGAGUCUGAUCUGCUCUGAUGAUGAUGGUUACUAUGUCAGACACAAUAACAGUAAAACAUCCAUCAGGUCCUCCUCAGUCUCUCACAGAGUUUCAGUUUAUGUGGACGUUCCUGCUGGAACUCUGUCCUUCUACAGAGUCUCCUCUGACUCUCUGAUCCACCUCCACACCUUCAACACCACAUUCACUGAAAGUCUCUAUCCUGGAUUUGGGUUCUUCUGGUCCAGGUUUGGUUCCUCAGUGUCUCUGUGCUGAGUCUCGUCUCCAGAGUCUCCUCCUGGUACAGAAACAGUGUUGAACAGAUGGUUGAGUCUCUCCAUGACUCUGUCCCUCACAAACAUGUUUUCACAUUCAUGGAUUAAAUGUGUUUCUUUGUCAAA